AUGUUACCACCUAAUCCAAAAUCACUUGAUUUUGAAGUUCCAGAUUCCUGUGCGAUGACACAUAAUGGAGAAAAUUUUUUAAUCUAUGAUUCAACACGUAAAAUCUUUGGUGGACGAUUAAUGAUAUUUUCAACUAAAGUAUUUAUCGAAAUGCUUUGUGAGCGUGAAGUUAUUCUGAUUGACGGAACUUUCAAAACACGUCCGAUCAUGUUUGCUCAAGUAUAUGUCAUUAUGGGUAAACAUCUUGGAGAAGCAGAUGAAUAUGGUGGUAAAUUUGAACCGCAACAGGUUUAUUUAGAUUUUGAAGCUGCAGCAAUUAAUGCUUUAGAAAAUGUUGUAAGUAGUGAUCUGAAUAAAGCGAUGGAUAUGCUUAUUGGUUCAUUUCCUAACGUUGUUAUACAUGGUUGUUGGUAUCAUUUCACCCAAAGUAUUUAUCGAAAUAUACAGAAAAUUGGAUUAGCAUCGAUGUAUGAAAAAAAGAAAGAUGUUCAAACAUGGUUAAGAAGCUUUAUGGCACUUCCUUUGGUGAAACACAGUGCACUUGAUGCUAGUGUAAAGUUGUUAAUGGAUAAUCCACCAGCAUCGAACAAUCUAUUAAAUCAAUUUAUUGAAUAUUUUCAAAACCAAUGGAUUAUACGUGUUCCAUCAAAGUAUUGGAAUAUAGGUCCAAUUCAUCUCCGCUGCAAUAAUGCAGUUGAAGCGUAUAACAAUCGACUUCAACAUAGAUUUGGCAUGCAUCCACAGCUAUGGAACUUUAUUCAUGUUCUUAAAGGUGAAGAAUCAUUGGUGAUGAUGAGAACAAAACAAAUACGGAGCGGUAAUUAUCGUGAAAAAAUGAUCUUAUUCUCAACCAAUACUCAACGAGCAGGAAAAAAAAAUUAA